GCAGCGCAACCCACACCUCCACUUCACGCACUUUGCCUUCUCCCCUCCUCCGCCCAGUCUCCCACCUCCCGUCCCAUCCCCGGCGCCGAUUUAUAUACACGGCUGGCCUACAGACAUGCGCUUCCCCCACCCCCGCCUCGCCCACUCGCCCGCACCGAACCCAACCCCAUGGCCAUGGCCAUGGCCGACGACGACGGCCCCAUCCCCCCGCCUCCGCCGCCGCCGCCGCCUCGCCGCCCCCACAGGCAGCUCCAGCCGAGGAGGUACCAGGUGGAGGUGUUCGAGGCGGCGCUGCAGGGGAACACCAUCGCGGUGCUCGACACCGGCUCCGGAAAGACCAUGGUCGCCGUCCUGCUCGCGCGCCACCACGUGGGCCGCGUGCGCGCCGGGGAGGUGCCCCGCCGGAUCGUCGUCUUCCUCGCGCCCACCGUGCACCUCGUCCACCAGCAAUUCGAGGUGAUUCGGGAGUACACGGACCUCGACGCCGCUGAGUGCUACGGAGCUUCGGGGGUCGGCGACUGGAGUACCGACCGCUGGAACAAGGAAGUUGGGAGCAAGGAGAUUGCUGUUAUGACGCCCCAGAUAUUGUUGGAUGCCCUGAGGCAUGCCUUUGUAACAAUGAGUGCAGUGAGCCUGCUAAUAUUUGAUGAAUGCCAUCGUGCCUGUGGAAACCACCCAUAUACACGAAUAAUGAAGGAAUUUUACCUUGGCUCUCAGUGGAGGCCAGCUGUAUUUGGAAUGACAGCAUCUCCUGUUGCUACUAAAGGCACUUGCACGGUACAAGAUUGUGAAGCACACAUUGGUCAACUUGAACUUACAUUGGAUGCGAAGGUAUAUAUCAUAAAAGAUCGUAGUGAACUUGAGAGCUUUUCCCCUCCUGCAACAAUUGUGAACAAAUACUAUGAUGCUUACUCGAUUGAUUUCGAAGAUCUGAAAUCGAAGCUCCAGAUAUUGUAUGAAGAGUAUGAUGCUUUGUUGGCUAGUCUGCAAGAAUCGUCACCAAAUAAAUUUGAAGACACGAAUAACAUAUUAGAGACAUCAAGAAAGACCUUGUUCAGAUACCAUGAGAAGAUAUUUUAUGGCCUAAAUUAUCUUGGUCCAAUCAUCACCGCUGAGGUAGUGAAGAUAUAUAAUGAAAGCAUUAAGACACUGGGUGAUUCUGAAGAUUGCCUCUUCUCGAAAGCUAGCUUCAGCCUGCAUGUAGCUUAUUUUAAAGAAGCUUUAGAUUUAGUUGAGGAAGUAUUGCCACAUGGUUAUGGUGAACUAAUGAAAUCAGAAUCUGGUUCUGCGGAAUUAAUUAAAAGCGGGUAUAUUUCUUCAAAAGUGGAUGCUCUAAUCAACAUUUUUAAAUCAUUUGGGUCAUCAAACGAAGUGCUUUGCCUAAUUUUUGUAGAAAGAAUUAUGACAGCUAAAGCUGUUGAGAGGUUCAUGAGAGGAAUUGUUAAUUUCUCUAGUUUUUCAAUUUCUUACUUGACUGGAGGGAGUACAUCAAAAGAUUCUCUGAGCCCAGCAGUGCAGAGAUAUACUUUGGACUUGUUCCGAUCUGGAAAGGUGAACUUGCUUUUCACCACAGAUGUAACUGAAGAGGGUAUUGAUGUACCUAACUGUUCUUGUGUCAUACGCUUCGACCUGCCCAGAACUGUUUGUAGCUACGUUCAAUCUCGUGGUCGUGCCAGAAGGAGCAGCUCAAAUUAUGUUCUUAUGAUUGAGAGGGGAAACAUGGAUCAGCAGGAACACAUAUUCCGCAUAAUACAGACUGAGUACUAUAUUAAACACUUCGCUCUGUAUAGGCACAGAAACCCCAAUGUUUCAUCCUCUGAGUGGCCUAUGCAAGAUAAGUAUGCAUACCAUGUUGAUUCAACAGGAGCAACUAUAACUGCAGACUGCUGUGUUGAUCUGAUCCGUAAAUAUUGUGAGAAACUUCCUAAAGAUAGGUAUUACAUUCCAAAGCCUUCCUUUGCGGUGGCUAUCGAAGAUGGAUCAUACCAAUGCACCUUGACUUUGCCUCCAAAUGCGGCGUUUCAAAGGAUAGUUGGCCCUUUAUGCAGUACAAGUAAUUUAGCCAAGCAGCUUGUAUCCCUAGAUGCGUGCAAGAAAUUGCAUCAGCUAGGAGAACUCAAUGAUCAUCUUCUACCCUUCACCGAAGAACCUAUUGAUAUUGAUGUUGCUUUAAGAGAUGGGAAAUUCCUUUCUGGACCAGGAACGACUAAAAGAAAGGAGCUCCAUGGAACAAGAAAUGUUCUUGCCCUGUCAGGAUCGUGGAUUCAUGAAAGUGAAAGUGUCACAUUGAAUGCUUAUAGAUUCGAUUUUCUUUGUGACCAAGAGGGUGAAAACUAUGCUGGGUUUGUUCUCUUAAUGGAAUCAGCACUUGAUGAUGAUGUAGCUUGUUCAAAAAUGGAUCUAUUCCUGAUCCCUAAUAAAAUGGUCUACACCACCGUAACUCCGUGUGGAAAAGUUCAACUGGACAAAAAACAGCUACGUGACGGGAAGUUGUUCCAAGAAUUCUUUUUCAAUGGAAUAUUUGGUAGAUUAUUUCAUGGAUCUCGAACAAGUGGAGUGCAAAGGGAAUUUCUUUUCAGAAAAGGUCAUGAAAUACAAUGGAGCUCACAGAGCAUGUACUUACUUUUACCUUUGAGGCAUUCACCACACAUCCAGCAAGAUUUAAACAUAUACUGGGAGGCAGUUGAAUCCUGCACCCAGGCGGUGGAGCAGUUGAGAAAUUUGUAUCUGGAAGAUGAAAAUAUCCGUGCAAAUUUUAUUCAACAUAGAAGUAUCAAGGAGAAAGACAUUAUUCAUCUGGCCAACAAAUCUCUUCAUUUUUCUAGCAUCAAAGAUUCAGUUGUGCUAUCGCUUCAUACUGGAAGGAUAUACUCUGUUCUUGACUUGAUCUAUGGCACAACUGCUGAAGACUCGUUUGAAGAGAUGUAUAAUGGAAAAGCUUCACCGUUUUCUUCAUUCGUGGACUACUACCGUGAAAAGUAUGGUAUUGUUAUUCAACAUCCAAAACAACCGUUGUUGCUGUUAAAGCAAAGCCACAAUGCACACAAUCUUCUUUUUUCAAAAUCGAAGUACAUAGAUGGUUCUACGGGCGAUCCUUUGCUCAUGGAAAAAGAGCAAAUACACGCCCGGGUCCCACCUGAAUUGUUAAUCCACAUUGAUGUGACAAUUGAAGUUCUCAAAUCUUUUUAUUUAUUGCCUUCUGUAAUGCAUCGACUUCAGUCUCUCAUGCUAGCCAGCCAGCUCCGCAGAGAUAUUGGUUACACUCAACAUAUACCAAGUUACCUGAUUUUGGAAGCUAUCACAACUUUAAGGUGCUGCGAAACAUUUUCCCUGGAGCGUUUAGAACUAUUGGGAGACUCAGUACUAAAAUAUGUGAUAGGAUGUGACCUGUUUUUAAGGUAUCCUAUGAAACAUGAAGGUCAUCUUUCUGAUAUGAGAUCAAAUGCUGUCUGCAAUGCUACACUUCAUAAGCACGGAAUCUGGCGAUCCUUGCAGGGUUACGUGCGGGAUAGUGCAUUUGACCCACGGCGUUGGGUUGCUCCUGGGCAGAUAUCUUUGCGCCCUUUUCCUUGUAACUGCAGAAUUGAGACUGCAUUUGUUCCAAGUAAUGGAAGGUAUAUCAGCGACGACCCAUCUUUUGUCGUUGGAAAACCAUGUGAUAGAGCUCACAGAUGGAUGUGCUCGAAAGCAAUAUCUGAUUGUGUUGAAGCCCUAGUUGGAGCAUAUUAUGUCGGUGGUGGCAUAGUUGGUGCACUUUGGGUUAUGAAGUGGUUCGGUAUUGAAAUAAAAUGUGAUAGGAAGUUGGUACAGGAAGUAAAGCUCAAUGCGUCUUAUAUAUGCUACUUACCUAAAAUAAGUGUUAUUGAGGAGUUGGAAGCAAAACUGAAGUACAACUUCUCAGUCAAGGGCCUUCUACUGGAAGCCAUAACUCAUCCAUCUCUGCAGGAAUUAGGGGCUGACUACUGUUACCAGCGUUUGGAAUUUCUGGGUGAUUCUGUGCUGGAUCUACUAAUUACACGCUAUCUGUAUGUUACCCAUACUGAUGUUGAUCCUGGAGAAUUGACAGACCUACGUUCCGCUUUGGUUAGUAAUGAGAAUUUUGCAGAAGUAGUUUUAAGAAAUAACAUUCACAGUCAUCUACAGCAUGGGUCUGGAAUACUUUUGGAGCAAAUCACAGAAUAUGUUAGAUCCAAUUUGGAGUGCCAAGGGAAGGUUAAUAAAUUCCUUCAACAUGCUACAUGUAAAGUACCUAAGGUGCUUGGAGACAUUAUGGAAAGCAUUGCCGGUGCAAUAUUUGUAGACACAGAUUUUAAUGUUGAUGUGGUUUGGAAGAUUGUUGAACCGUUGCUUUCCCCAAUGAUAACCCCUGAUAAUCUUGUAUUGCCACCUUAUCGGGAGUUGUUAGAGCUGUGUAGUCACCUUGGUUAUUUCAUAAAUUCAAAAUGCAGUAGUAAAGGAGAAGAAGUAAUUAUAGAGAUGUCAGUGCAAUUACGAGAUGAACUGCUGAUAGCGCAAGGACAAGACAGAAAUAAGAAGAGUGCAAAGUCAAAAGCAGCAGCUCGUAUAUUGGCAGAUCUGAAGAAAAGAGGCCUUUCAAUGAAACAAUGUUCUUCUAAAGCUAAGCAGUUGGAUAUUAUAUCUUCGGACCAGCAGUAUCCUUUGGCAAGUUUGGAAUCACCACUUGAUUAUUGUCACGUGGAUGCCAAUCCUAGCCUAGGAGGCCUUCCCUCACUGAAAGAAGCAGUUGUUCUUCGGCUUAAACUGGACAAAGGUGGACCACGGAGUGCUCUUUUUAAGCUAUGCAAGAGGUUGCAGUGGCCAAUGCCAGAAUUCGAAUUUGUGGAACAAAGGUUCAGGACUCCUAUUGUUCUGGACGGGGUAACCACAACGAACUUCAAUAGCUUCGUGUCAACCAUCACCUUGCACAUACCUGAUGUAACAGCCAUUACACUUCAAGGCGAGCGGCGAACUGACAAAAAGAGUUCCCAGGAUUCAGCAUCGCUGAUAAUGCUCCACAAGCUUCAAGAGCUCAAGGUCUGUAUAUGCAAGACUUAGCAAAGCAUCAUGGAUCCACGUGCCAGCUAACUGCUAAGGCUCGUUAACCUGGGGAUAUGAUCCUCCAUCCCAAAGUGAAUUAUGUUGAAAAUGUUUAUGAGAGGCUCGGCGGUGGUGCUAGAUUAUCUUGCAGGAUAUCUUAGAAACAAUUAGUGCUUGUCUUCCGAAAAAAACAAUAGACAAUUUCACUUGCUGGACAAAGAAAACAUUUUGCAAGAAUUGAUAUUGGUUUGGUUUGAAUCCACAUUUGGGUCAACUAUCGACCUUAGGUUCUUAGUGGAAUUGAGUGCAAUUUUGCUA